UCCGCGGUGUGGAUUUGGUUCUGAGCAAAAUGAAACUCCUCAUCGCUUUCGCCCUGGUGGCCGUGGCCAGCGCCGACGUCUCGCACCUGUUCUCGCACAGCAACAACCUCCACGAGGAUGGCUACCACUACGGAGCUCCCUCGGAGCCCUUCCCUGUGAUCGAUCUGCCGGUGCCCCACGAGACUGCCCCCGCACCGGUGGUCGUCUACAAGCCCCAGCCCACUCCUCCUCGUCCCGUUUACACCGCUCCCCCGGUGGUCUACAAGCCACAGCCCACGCCUCCGCGUCCCGUGUACAAAGCUCCUCCUGCAGGUGUGCUGAAGGAUGAUGGCUACCACUACGGUGAGCCCUCCAUUCCCUUCCCCGUGACCGUGCCCCCACCCACCAAGAAGGUCGUCUACGUGCCCCCACCACCACCACCAGCACCCAAGGUCGAAUACCUGCCUCCCCCACCCACCAAGAAGGUUGUGUACGUCCCACCCCCACCACCACCAACCAAGAAGGUCGUCUACGUGCCACCCCCACCACCACCAACCAAGAAGGUCGUCUACGUGCCACCCCCACCACCACCAGCACCCAAGGUCGAGUACCUGCCUCCCCCACCCACCAAGAAGGUUGUGUACGUCCCACCCCCACCACCACCAACCAAGAAGGUCGUCUAUGUGCCACCCCCACCACCACCAACCAAGAAGGUCGUCUAUGUGCCACCCCCACCACCACCAACCAAGAAGGUCGUCUACACCCCACCCCCAGUGGGCAUCCUUAAGGACGACGGUUACCACUAUGGCGAGCCCUCCAUUCCCUUCCCCGUGACCGUGCCCCCACCGGUGUACGUGCCCCCACCCACCAAGAAGGUCGUCUACGUGCCACCCCCACCACCACCAGCCCCCAAGGUCGAGUACCUGCCUCCCCCACCCACCAAGAAGGUUGUGUACGUCCCACCCCCACCACCACCAACCAAGAAGGUCGUCUACGUGCCACCCCCACCACCACCAACCAAGAAGAUCGUGUACACGCCGCCGCCAGCACCCAAGGUCGAGUACCUGCCGCCCGCGGAGAAGGGCUACAGCUACCCCAACAACCCCCAGCCCUCGUUCCACUUCUAG